AUGGCGGGGGCGGCCGGGCCGGGUGUCGAGCUGGGCGGCGUCCUGGUGCAGGUUCAAGAAGAUCUUCAACAGUUGAAGGAACAACUGCGAGAUUUCAGCCACGACUGGGAAGCAGCAGAGGCUGAGAGUCUGGAACUGGUUGUUGAAAGGGCAGAGAACAGAUUGAGGAAGCAUGCAGAGAAGUAUUUAAAUGCAGUGAACAGAUCAGUGCUAACUAUUUUCCCAGCGGAUGAUGCAGAACUGUCUUCAAGACAGAUUUCCAAAUGGGGAAUCCCCUUGGAGCCUUCUCCGUUGAAGGAAAUCGCUUUCCCCAAGGUGCCCGCGACGGCCCCUCCUGCCAGGGCAGCCCUGCCUCCAGCCUCCUCCUUGGGCUCAAAGCACAAGCUUUCAGUGAUGAUGAGGAUUCUGUGUGACCCAAGGCACGUAUACCACCGAAGCAUUGUAAAUCAGAACUAUGGUGUCAGUUUGCCAUUGGUUAAUCGGAGGGAAACCGCAUGCGCACCGACGCAAAAGAUUGCAAAAGGUGUGACAGGCAACAACCUUUCUGUAGCACCACCAUCCUCCCGUUUGAACAACAUUCGCUCUGCCGUGCCUAUUUCCGAGAAGGACGCAGAGAAAGGCAUCCUAAAUCUAAUUGAAAGAGGACUGAUCCCACGUGCUGCUAGGAUUACUCUAGAGAAGCCACCCAUUCUGCCAAAGCCUGUUCCUCUCCAUGAAUUUCAAACGAAGCACAAGAAGCCCCUUAUCUGUGCCAUAGAUGGGGCCCGGCAGACUGAGAAGGUAGAAGCAGCUCCCCUCCCAUCCCAGAAGCCCACCCAGGUCUCUGAGUACGCAGCAGAAGGCGGAAAGGAGAAGAAGGGAACCAAGGGGAGCAUCGCUCCACCACCCUCCUGCAUCUCCGUCAUUUCCUCCAAGAGACUCAAACAGCAGCAGCUGCUUCAGGCAAUGAGACUGAGGCGGUCAGCCACCCCUUCGGUUUGUUUGGCAAAGACCCCGGAGACAAUGCCGCCGGAGACAUUCAAGAAGGUGGCUUUUGAGUUCGAAAUCCCUGUUUGCAACGGUGUCAUUGACUACGCAGCCUCCGACCUGGUUCAGUUCAAGCAGUACUGCUGUCUCCUCUGGGGAAGCGUCUUCUCCUUCCUGCAGCAAGUGGAGACUCUGACGAAGGACUAUGCCGUUCCUUUGGCCAUUGUCAUGGGGAAGAAAGUGAUGGACCUCAUCCCAGAUUUUGAGCUCAACCAGAGAGCAGCCCGGGAGGAAAUCCUCUCGGUCUUAAAGAACAUCUCCACUGUUCAGAAAUUCCUAAAGCAGCCUGGCCGGAGAUACAAAGGCCAAAAUGGGACCGAAAAGGCAGCCACCAAGAUCCAGGCAACAUGGAGGUGCUACAGACUGAGAACUUCCUACAUUGGAUUCAGGCACCGGCAGUGGGCCUCGGGCAUCAUUGCCAUUUCCUGGCUGAUCCACGCCCACUUUCAGCGGGUCCGAAAGUCCCUGAAGGAAUCGCGGCAGAGACACCUGGAGAACUUCCACCUCAGGACCAAGCAUCUGGCCGCCAACUGGAAUCGCAUCAGGAGCUCUAGGAGGACGAUUAUCCACAUCCCAUCGUUAGGAUACAAGCAGUCACUUCGAGAGGCAGAUCCAGAUUUUGCUGUUCAUCAGGGAUCACAGUUUGGAAGGCUGUGCGAGAUCAGAGAUCCAAAUGUGGACGUCAUCUAUAUUUGCCCCUUAGAAUUAAGUGAAGAGUUGCUGCGCUAUUACAAUAAAUUCCUGGGUCUGCAGCCAGCCGUUCGGUCUGGGAACCCCGAGGACAUUGCUGACCUACGGGACAGGUUCAAAAUCCUCACCCCUGAAGCCAUCAACAGUUUUCCUAACCGCCCCAUGUCCCUGGCUACCUUCAUGAAAUACAGCCCUAGGACCAUUAAAAGGGUCAAAAACCUGAUCCAAGGCAAGGAAGCCUAUAUUGUGGGAGGUCUUCUGAACCAAGAUGACCUGGAAGUGGCCGACGUGCUAGACAUGCCCAUUCUGGGCUCUGACCCGGAAGUGGCUCAUCUCUACAGCACCAAGUCCGGAAACAAAAGAGUCUUUGAUGCUGCAGGGGUUCCGGUGCCUCCCGGGCAGCAGGACGUCUACAGCAGGCAGCAGAUGAUCGAAGUUCUCAGUCAGCUGAUUGUAGACAACCCAGAAGUGCAACGUUGGGUGUUCAAGGUGGAUAAUGAAUUUGGGGGAAAUGGGACUGCAUUUUGUGACAUCACUAAACAUCUCAAAUGCUACCCUUGGAUUAUGAAGGAACGUCAUCGAUACGGACCAGAGAUAUGGAAUAAGAGGUGGGCUCAUGAACCAGCUUUGGUGAAGCUCUCUCAGGAGCUGCCGGGCCUUUUAGCACAGCACGCCCAGGCUGUCAAUGGAAAACGAUUUCCUACAUGGGGGAAAUUCCUCCAAACGUUUGUGAGUCAAGGUGGAGUCAUAGAAGCCUUCCCACCUUCAGACAGCCUCACCAGCCUCACCGUGGACAUGCUGAUUGAACCUACCGGGGAGGUCACGAUGGUUUCCUGUGGGGACCAGUUUCACGCGGACAGUCCCUUGCGGUCUUCGGGAACUACCCUUCCUCAGGCUUCAGUUGAACCCGAGCUCCUGAAUCUGCUGUGUUUUAAAAUUGGAGAGGCCUGCAAAUCCAGGGGAGUGGUUGGAUACUUUUCUAUCGACUUUGUGACUUUCAUCCACCCGCAGACCUUGAGGCAGCAGGUUUGGGCAAUAGACUUGGAUCUGCACUAUAGUGAUCACUUGGCUAUGACCCAGGUCGCGCUCUACGCAACCGAGGGGACCUUCAACUGUGCUUCCAGCCGCUUCCAGGUGCAGCUUCCUCCAAAGAAACCACUUGACCUGCCUCUGCAGAAGGAGCAGACCCAACCCGCGUCCCUGGUCAACCGCCACAUUCUCCUGAGCAGCUCGAUUAAGAACGGCAGCCUCUCCUUCAUUUACUACAAUGUUUUCCUCCAGAUGUGCAAGGCUCACGGGAUUGGCUAUGAUGUGCGGCUAAAAGAAGGAACCAUUUUUAUCUUGUUUGAAGACCAGAAAAGAAACACAUUUGGAAUGAUAACAAUUGGGGAACAUCUCCAGGGGGUCCUCAUGACCUUUGCUCAGCAUCUCUUCAUCAUCUAUCAAGAAUUAUCAGCACCUAAUAUGCAUGCCGAGACCAAUUUUAAGGGAGCCAUUCAAGAUAUUGAGAGGAUCUUAGGGGUUACAGAACAGAACAAGUUAAAAUUUGAAGAGGAAAAGGAGGCCUUGAAAGCAAAAACAUCCAAAAAGUAG